GUUUGUGUGAGAGCGCGAGAGCUGAGCGAUGGCGGCGGCAGUUGGAGCGUCUCGUAAGAAAGACGGAGGCCCGAACAUCAGAUUUCUGGAGGCUUCGGAAACCGUCGCGCAGUUCGACGGCCUGAGGUUGUGGCUGGGCAAAAACUACAAGAAAUUUGUACAGGCAGAUUCACCUUCAAACAAAACACUGGCUGGUCUUGUGGUGCAGUUGCUUCAGUUUCAGGAAGAUGCAUUUGGCAAGCAUGUUAAUAAUCCUGCAUUAACUAAACUUCCAGCAAAAUGCUUCCUCGAUUUCAAAGCUGCAGGACCCUUGGGUCAUAUCCUAGGUGCUGCUUACAAAUUCAAGACUGAACAGGGAUGGCGAAGAUUCGACUUGCAAAAUCCUUCCAGAAUGGAUCGUAAUGUAGAAAUGUUUAUGACGAUAGAAAAGACACUGGUGCAGAAUAACUGUUUAACAAGACCUACAAUCUACCUCCCAUCUGAACUUGACCCAAAGCUGGCAAAUAAAUGUAAAGAUAUUGUUAAAAGGCAUCAGGGAACAAUUACAGAAGACAAGUCAAAAGCCUCCCAUAUAAUUUAUCCUAUUCCGAACUCUCUUGAUGAAGAGGAGUGGUUGAGACCUGUUAUGAAGCGGGAAAAGCAAGUCCUGGUCCAUUGGGGAAUGUUUCCAGAUAGCUAUGAUACCUGGACGCCGGCCAAUGAAAUUGAAGCGGAAAUUGAAGAACCACCAAUCCCAGAAAGGCCAUGGAAAGUGCAUGCUAAGUGGAUCCUGGACACUGAUGUAUUCAAUGAGUGGAUGAAUGAAGAGGACUAUGAAGUUGAUGACAACAGAAAGCCUGUAAGCUACCGACAGCGCAUUCCUAUCAGGACAGUAGCUGAAGAGGACUCCCGUACACCAGAUAGGAAGGACAGAAAGUCAACAACUGGUGCCAAGAAGAGAAAACAUUCCCGUUCCCCUUCACCAAUAUCGACACCUGCUGAGUCAAGAAAGAAAAGUGGAAAGAAAGGUCAGCCGACACCAUACUUAAAGAGGAGGGGGCAGAAAGAUGAAGAGGAGCAGGAAGACCUGACCAAAGACAUGGAGGAUCCCACUCCUGUACCAAAUGUAGAAGAAGUUAUUUUACCUAAAAAUGUGAAUCCCAAGAAGGACAGUGAGCACACACCUGUGAAGGGAGGCACAAUUGCAGAUCUAGAUGAGCAAGAGGAUGAACCGUUGUCUGCAGGAGGGAAGGAAGAAGAGGACAGUUCCAAUGCCAAAGGUGAUCAUAUACGUCCUGUGGACCAAGCCGAAGAUAAUGUCACUGAACAGACACAUCACAUCAUUAUCCCUAGCUAUUCAGCAUGGUUUGACUAUAACAGUAUACAUGAGAUUGAGCGUCGUGCCUUGCCAGAAUUCUUCAAUGGGAAAAAUAAGUCGAAAAGUCCAGAAAUAUAUCUGGCAUACCGAAACUUUAUGAUUGACACCUAUCGGUUAAAUCCUCAGGAGUACCUUACCAGUACAUCAUGUCGCAGAAAUUUAACUGGUGAUGUUUGUGCUGUAAUGAGAGUUCAUGCAUUCCUUGAACAAUGGGGCCUUGUGAAUUAUCAAGUGGAUGCCGACAGUCGACCUUUACCCAUGGGUCCUCCUCCUACCCCUCACUUCAAUGUGCUUGCUGAUACCCCCUCUGGCUUGGUCCCCGUUCAUCUCAGGACUCCUCAAAUUCCUGCCUCUCAGCAGAUGUUGAACUUUCCAGAAAAACCAAAGGACAAACCCGCUGACCUGCAGAAUUUCGGCCUGCGUACUGACAUGUAUACCAAGAAGGGCACCUUAGCAAAACAAAGUAAGGCCAGUGCAGCCAGGGAUUGGACAGACCAGGAAACUCUGCUGCUGUUGGAGGCUCUGGAAAUGUACAAAGAUGACUGGAAUAAAGUAUCCGAGCAUGUUGGCAGCCGUACACAAGACGAGUGUAUUUUGAAUUUCCUGCGACUGCCCAUUGAAGAUCCUUACUUGGAAGACACCGACUCCUCCCUUGGCCCUCUGGCCUUCCAACCUGUUCCUUUCAGCCAGUCUGGGAAUCCUGUCAUGAGCACAGUGGCAUUCCUGGCCUCCGUUGUGGAUCCUCGAGUAGCUGCAGCAGCUGCCAAGGCUGCUUUAGAGGAAUUUUCUCAUGUAAGGGAAGAGGUGCCAGUUGAACUGGUGGAGGCUCAUGUGAAGAAAGUGCAAGAGAUGGCUCGCUCUUCUGGGAAAGUGGAUCCUUCCUAUGGCCUGGAAAACAGUGGCAUUGCAGGCACUGCCCCUGAGGAACCAGAGAAGAGUGGGGAUGUUGAAGAGGAAAAGAUGGAAACUCAGGAACCUGAAGGGCAAGAGCCAGAAAAACAGGUUGAAAAAGAGGAGGCUGAAGCAACUUCUGAAAGUACAGAGAAGAUGCAAAUCCCAUCUCCUAAGGAGCUGGCAUCGGAGAAAACUAUAGAAAGUGAAGCUGCCAGUACUGACAUUAAGCCAAUUGUAGCAGAUGAAAAAGACAAAGAGGAGAACAAGGAAAAUAUUGAUGUCACUGCCAAAGACAAAGAAUUGGAUGUUGGGAAGAAGAAAUUAGAGCAGCACAUUGGUGAAGGGAACAUAGUCACUGCUGCUGCAGCAGCUCUGGCUUCAGCUGCUACAAAGGCAAAGCACCUUGCAGCAGUGGAGGAGAGGAAGAUCAAGUCACUUGUUGCUCUUCUGGUUGAAACCCAAAUGAAGAAGCUGGAAAUAAAACUGCGUCACUUUGAAGAAUUGGAAACCAUUAUGGAUCGAGAGAGAGAAGCACUGGAACAGCAGCGACAACAACUGCUCACAGAACGACAGGCCUUCCAUAUGGAACAGUUGAAAUAUGCUGAAAUGAGAGCCAGGCAGCAGCUGGAGCAGCAGCAUCACCAGCAACAGCAGCAUUCACAAAAUGCUGCCGCCGCUGCAGCCACCACCACGACCACAACUAGUAUUCAGCAGCUGAGCUCUAUGGGCAUGAUGCAACAAGGUCCAACACCGCCACCACCUUAUCCAAUGAUUCACCACCAGAUGCAGCAGCAGCUAGGUCAGAUGUCAGGAGCUGGGACAAUGAUGACUGGGCAGACCAUGGCAGGCCGUAUGAUACCGAACCUUCCUCCAAAUAUUCCAUCAGGAGCACCUCCCCAUCCGACACCAACCAUUGUAUCAGCAGCAGCACAUGGUAACAUGCUGGGCCCACGACCAGCAGCUGCCACCAAUGGCAUGUAUUCGGGCCCAGCUGUACAGCCAGAUGGUGUAGUGGUGCCCACAACAACAGCACAAGCAUCUGCAGUACCAUAACCAGUGUGAAUGGAUUAUUCGCACAUGAUACUGUCAGUAGGAGACUUAAACAGUGAAACCAAGAAACCAUCUCCUACUCGUCUCUGUCCAGCUACCUCCCUUUUUGAAGACACUGAAUUCAAAUGCUUGCCUUCCCAUUUUACUUUUGCUCCCUACUUUUUAUUGCAGUAAAAAUUUCUUUUUGGAAAAGAAAAUCUUUGGCAAAAAAAAUAAAAUACAUUGUAGUUA